AUGUACUGUAGCUCAGUCGAGGACAUGUACUGUAGCUCAAUCGAGGACAAGUACAGUAGCUCAGUCGAGGACAUGUACUGUAGCUCAGUCGAGGACAAGUACAGUAGCUCAGUCGAGGACAAGCACUGUAGCUCAGUCGAGGACAAGUACAGUAGCUCAGUCGAGGACAAGCACUGUAGCUCAGUCGAGGACAUGUAUUGUAACUCAGUCGAGGACAUGUACUGCAGCUCAUUCGAGGACAAGCAGUGUAGCUCAGUCGAGGACAUGAACUAUAGCUCAGUCGAGGACAAGUACAGUAGCUCAGUCGAGGACAAGCAAUGUAGCUCAGUCGGGAACAAGUACAGUAGCUCAGUCGAGGCCAUGUACUUUAGCUCAGUCGGGGACAUCGAAGUCGAGUUCAUGUACUUUAGCUCAGUCGAGGACAUGCAUUGUAACUCAGUCGAGGACAUGUACUGCAGCUCAGUCGAGGACCAGCAGUGUAGCUCAGUCGAGUUCAUGUACUGUAACUAA